AUGGCCAGCUCAUUAAAAGCCAUUAAGAAAGUGUUGGUCGCCAAUCGUGGCGAGAUCGCGGUUCGAUGCAUCAAAGCAUGCAGAGAACUCGGUGUCAAAACGGUGGCUAUUUACACUGAUGCCGAUGCAUCAUCCUUACACACCGUGUCGGCAGAUGAAGCUGUGUUGUUACCGGGCAGUGAUCGCACUGCAUACACCGAUGGAGAUGCGAUCAUAGACAUCGCCCAAACUCACACCGCAGACGCCAUCAUCCCAGGCUAUGGCUUCCUCAGCGAAAACGCAGACUUCGCCGCGGCCGCUGACGCAGCAGGUAUCACCUUCAUCGGUCCUUCGAUAACAUCGAUCAAGGCCAUGGGUCUUAAGCACGAGGCCAGGGAAAUCGCCCACCGGGCCGGCGUACCCACGGUCCCAGGCACGCCUCUCCUAUCUUCAGCAGCCGAGGCCCGCGAGAGUGCGUCACGCCUCGGGUUCCCCAUCAUGCUCAAGGCCACCGGUGGCGGCGGCGGCAUGGGCCUGCAGAUCUGCCAGGAUGAAGCGGAAGUAGAGAAGGCGUUCGAAACGGUCGUCAGCCGAGCGGGCACUUUGUUCAAGAACAGUGGCGUAUUUCUUGAAAAGUAUUACCCGCGAUCUCGGCAUAUUGAGGUGCAGGUCGCUGGCAAUAGCGAAGUGGUCGUGUCAUUUGGCGAAAGGGAAUGUUCCCUCCAACGGCGCCACCAAAAGGUCAUCGAGGAGUGUCCGAGUCCGUUUGUCGAUGCGACGCUGCGCAGGAAGCUCUGCCAGUCGGCCGUAGACUACGCGUCGCAGUUGAACUAUAAGAGUGUCGGCACCGUGGAGUUUCUGGUGGAUGAUGAGACGGCAGAGUACUUCUUCCUGGAGAUGAACACUAGACUGCAAGUCGAACACGGCAUCACGGAGCUGUGUUACGGGGUUGAUCUCGUGCAUUUGAUGCUUCGACAGGCGAACUGCGAGAAGGCAGGGCUUGGCGGCAUCCCAACGGCGGAAUUGAGGUCGCUUGGGCGAGAGCAGCCCCUGGGCAGCGCGAUCGAGGUUCGUGUGUAUGCGGAAGACGCGCUCAACGACUUUGCCCCGCGGCCUGGGCUUUUGCAGAGUGUGUGGUGGCCUGAAAGUGAGGGCGAUGACGGGGUUCGUGUUGAUACGUGGGUCAAGGGCGGUCAGCGCAUCACGCCGUAUUACGAUCCGUUGAUCGGGAAGAUCAUGGUCCACGACGGUCAGGGUAGAGAGCAGGCACGGCAGAAGAUGAUUCGCGCGUUGAAGGAAACAACUCUUCAGGGCACGCAGACGAACCUCCAAUACCUCACCAAGGUCCUCCAGUCGGAGGCAUUCAUUCAGGGGAACACGCUGACCACCUUCUUGAACGACUUCGUCUUCGAAGCGUGCGCAAUUCAAGUCCUGGAACCCGGCAUGAUGACAACCAUCCAAGAUUAUCCUGGAAGAGUGUCUAUCCGGCAUGGCGUUCCGAGGAGCGGACCCAUGGACUUCCUCAGCAGCCAGAUCGCCAACGUAUUGGUCGGGAAUGAGCCAGGGACAGAGUUGUUGGAGGUCACUUUGACAGGCCCGGCGCUGCGCUUCUACGUUGGUGCUGUCGUGGCAGUAUGUGGUGGUUCUGUUUCUGUGACGGUGGACGAUGAGGAGCAGCCCAUGUGGUCUAGAUUCGUCAUUCGUCGUGGCCAGGUCCUAAAGCUCGGCCAACUGGGGGGGAGCGGUUUCAGAGCAUACAUCGCCAUCAAAGGAGGGUUUCCCGGGAUUCCUUCAUUUCUCGGGUCGAAGUCUACGGCGCCAGAACUUGGCUACGGCGGGCUGGAAGGCCGCAAACUGCAGAUGCAUGACGUGUUGGAUCUGGCGGAGCAGUCGACUCAGUGGGCCGCCGAGGCAACAUCAUUUUCACUUCCAAGCGAAGCUGUCCCCAACCUCGAUAUUAAGCAGGUGUGGUGUAUGGAAGGACCGUACGGCAACAACGACAUCCUCACACCUGGUGGGCGAGCUGCAUUGUAUGAGGCUGUCUGGAAAGUGAAUCACAAUAGCGGUCGCAGUGGUGUUCGACUAGCAGGACCGCAACUUGAAUGGGCACGCGCAUCCGGAGGCGGAGGAGGAUCUCAUCCAUCCAACAUCUUUGACUAUGGAUAUCCUGUUGGUGGAGUCAAUUGGACCGGCGACUUUCCAGUCAUCUUCUCAGUCGACAGCCCUGACGCUGGAGGGUUUGCCUGCCCGUUGACCGUCUGCUCGGCGGACUUUUGGAAGCUAGGACAGCUGAAGCCUGGGGACGAGAUCCGGUUCAGACCGACCACUUUCGAGUCUGCCAUUGUCAUGUUGAAGAAGCAAGAUGAGUAUGUUGCUGCUGUGGCUACGUGUGCACAAACGGGUCAAGUCACAGCAUCAAUCCCGGCUUUGUAUCCUGAAGAGGACAGCCAAGCUUCUUCAGGAUCGUCAACACUGAGGGAAAUUCCUGAGACUGACUCUGAUCCUAAGACGAUAUACAGACAAGGAGGCGACUCUUCUAUUAUCGUGGAGUUCGGGACUCAGGUCGCUGACUUGCGCAAUACCAUUUGUGUCAGACUCUUGGCCGAGCAACUUGAAGACCGUCAGUUGGAUGGCGUUAGUUGGACUCCGAGCAUUGCAACUCUAACCGUUCAUUUCAACCCCAAGAAGAUAUCACAAACCGAACUGCUAAGUAUUCUGUCAGAGCUGCCGUGCGGCUUCGGCCAGUCGAGCAACCAGAUGCCAGUGCGAGAAGUACAACUGCCUAUUUGCCUCGACCACUCAGCCAUUGCGGAGGCUGUUCAGCGUUACAUGGACAACAUCAGAAAAGACGCGUCUUACCUGCCAGAUAACGUGGAGUACAUUCGGGAAAAUAACGCGCUUUCUGCUCGGCAAGCCGUUUUCGACGCAUUUCUAGACACACCCUGGCUCACGGUAGCCGUUGGCUUCUACGUCGGCACUCCAUUUCUCUUCCCCCUUGAUCCCAAGUACGUGUACGUGGGACAAAAGUACAAUCCUAGCCGUGUCUUCACUCCAAGCGGAUCAGUCGGUCUGGGCGGCUCUCUUGUCGCCAUCUAUCCCGUCGCUGCACCGGGAGGUUACCAGCUUAUUGGGCGUACCAUCGGCUGCUGGGAUGAGACAGGUAACCGGCCCUGUUUCGAGCCUUCCAAGCCCUGGCUGUUCCGUCACUUUGAUCUGGUCAGGUUUGUGGAGGUUGGGGAGGAAGAGUACGACAAGCUGAAGCACGACUAUGACAUCGGGCAGUACGAGUUCACCAUCAAUAAGACUACGAUUAAUAUGGACCACUUCAUCGCCAAGUUCGACGCUGCGAAUCGGGAUCCAGCUCAAUUGGAGUGGACGAAGCGGCAGGCUGAAGCUAGCAAAAAGCUUUCUCGGCGGGAGACGGAGCUCUUUGACGAGUGGCAUGCGGCUACGACAGCUUCGACCAACGGGGCUGCGGCGGCUGAUGGGGAGCUGGAGGAGCAUUCGGGUUCGGGUUCGAACAUUCUUCGGAUCAAGUCUCCUGUGAGCGCGAGUGUUUGGAAAUUGGAGGUUGGAGUAGGUGAUGUGUUGAAGAGCGGACAGACAGUGGCUGUGUUGGAGGCGAUGAAGAUGGAGAUCAAGGUUAUUUGCGGGAAGGACGAAGAUGGAAUGGUUGUGAAAAGCAUCGUUACCGAUGACAACGCAUCUGAAAUUGGAACAAGCGUUGCGUCAUCAACAGCAAGCGUGACAAGUUCAGUUCUCAGCUAUCGAGAGGAGAAUGGACGCAAGUAUCACGGAUACAAAGACGGCAAAUAUACCGCCCCUAACGAUGAGCAAGAACAAGAUCGACUGGACUUGCAGCAUAACCUGUUCCUCUUGACGUUUGACAACGCGCUAGGACUCGCUCCUCCAAACCAGCCGAACUCAAACGUCCAGCGUGUUCUUGACGUUGGAACUGGCACGGGAAUCUGGGCAAUCGACUUUGGUGAAGAUCAUGAACAAGCUGAGGUCCUCGGUAUCGAUCUUUCCCAUUCGAUGCCCGAGUUCGUGCCACCGAACGUCAGGUUUGAGAUCGACGACCUGGAUGAGGAGUGGACGUACUCGCAGCCGUUCGACUACAUUCAUACCCGUGGUAUGAAUUCGUGUAUUGCGGAUUGGAAGGUCUUUCUCACUAAGGUUUUUGACAAUCUGACACCUGGCGGAUAUUUCGAACUACAGGAACUCGAAGUGUUCCCUCGUUCAGACGACGGUACUCUCACUCCGGAAUGCCAACUUUCACAGUGUACGAAAUAUGUGCACGAAGCAUUCGAAAUAUUUGGACGCUCGUUCCAGGAAAUCCCAGACCUUGUCAGAGUCAUGGAGGACGUCGGCUUCGUCGACGUCAAGAUGAGCUUGUUCAAAUGGCCAUCGAAUACGUGGCCGAAAGACCCUAAGUACAAAGAACUAGGUGAUUGGAACAAUGAAAACAUCAACAAUGGUUUUGUGGCAAUCACCAUGGCGCCGUUUACCAGGGCUCUCGGGUGGACGAAAGAGGAGGUACAUGUCUUCCUGCCUGGCGUCCGCAAUGAUUUGAAUGACAAGUCCAUCCAUGCGUACUGGCCCGUCUAUGUUGUCUACGGAAUGAAGCCGGUUGUGGAUAAUACGGAGACUGCGGAGGCAUAA